GGGAGAGGAGGAGGAGGAGGAAAAAAAGGAGCGAGCCGAGGACUAGAUUAACCCGGGCGCUGGCACCAUACUCUCCGGAUCGAGCUGCCGUCGGUGAUGCGGAGGGGAGCCCAGGGUUCGGGGCCGGAGAGGCCCGGCGCGCCGGCAAACUCCAGCAGGCGAGUGGUGGGGGGCGUCUCCCUGCCCACCCCACCCGGAGCCCGGCCACUUCCUCUACAACCGCUGGGCGUACGCGGGGAUCGCGCCGGCGCUCCGCACCAUUGUUAGCAACCCGCACGGGGCGCGCGGGGCAGGGCCAGCCGGGGAGGGCGGGCGCCGCGACUCUCCCUUCCUGCUCCAGCCGCCGGCUCCGGCGCUCGGGGGUCCCGCCCGGGCUGGGGAUGCUACUGCCGCUCCUCCGUCGGCACACACGGUUGCUACUGCCCCGGGCAGGCAAGAGGAAUCGCGAUCCUAAAGCAAGUCCCGGGCGCCGGCCGCAAGGGCGGCUGCCGCACCGUAAGAACGCGUCCUGGGCACAGCCCCGGCGGACUUUAGGUCUCCACCGCCGGCGCCUCGCGGGGCCUCUGCCUCCUGGGCCACCGUGCGCCGAGGCUGCCUCUUUCUCCCCCGACCCCCUUUCCGCUGCUGCCCCCAGGAGGCCGCCGGCGACAGACACACUCGCACACGCACCCGGAGGAGCCGCGCCCCCGGCGGCCGCAAAGUUGCAGGCACGUUCACGGCCCGCGGCUCCCCGGCACCUGGGGAGCGAGCUACGGGCGGCAGCGGCCAGGGCGGCCGCGCGGGGCUCGGCGAGGCGGGGCAGGGCUCGCGGGAGGGGUCGGCUCAGCAGCGCGUUCCCUUCUCCGCCCUCGCCCCCGCCCGGCGCGGUGAGGAAGCGCCGCGCUCGUCCGGGAAGAUGGACGCCUCUUGUGGCCAACCGCAGCCCAGCCCUGCGCGCCGAGCCUGGCGGCCGUGGGCAACGCCCCCAGCGCCUCCCGGAGCUGCGCAGCCCCAGCAGCUGGGAAACCCCUCCCGACCCGGCGGUCUGUCUUUGGCCGAGGAUGAGUGCUGUGGUGGGGCUCUUUUCAGUGUCCAGUGGGGAAAUCCAGACUUUGGAUGUCUCCAUGGAAGAAAAGGAUGUCACUCCAAGAUGUCACUCCAAACCCCAGAAGGAACACUGGAGACUGAAUUGUGAACGUCUUGGCUGUUAAGAAUCAAAGAAGAGCGAAGCUCUUUGAUGAGGCAGAGAAAAAUACCCAUCUUGAACACCAUUAUUCUCCCCAUCCUAGAAGCAGCUGGAGGUGCCUAGGAUGGCGGGAAAGGCGUGGUGGGGAAACAGGUCACACUUAGGAUGUCACCAGGUUUUGACGGACACAUUUAGCGUUUGGGACCUUACUUCUCCAAUCUUAUGGGCCUGAUUUACCAAAGUGAUUUGUCCAAAGGCGUGUCCAGUAUCAAAUGUUUUCCCUGCUAGAUCUAAAGAAGAGUAGGGACUUCGAGACUUCAAUCAUUCAUUCAUGUAUCCAGUGAUAAAAUUUCUUACUGCGAACCAAACACCAAGUAAAAGCUAAGGAUUCAGAGAGUAGAACCCUGCCCUAAAGGAUCUCACGGUCUAUUGUUGUACAAAGUAAUUACAGGCGGUACUGGGAUGCUAUAAGAGAGCUACUGUCGGCUUUGGGAGCCCUGAAGAAAGAAAAGCGGACUGCAUAAGGGGUUUGGGGAGAAAGCCUUCCCACAGAAGCGGUAUUUGAACUGCAUUUAAAGGCAAUAACAACAGCAACAACAGCAGCAGCAACAACAACAGCAACAGCAGCAACAACAGCAACAACAGCAGCAGCAGCAACAACAGCAACAGCAGCAGCAACAACAGCAACAACAGCAGCAGCAACAGCAACAGCAACAACAGCAGCAGCAACAACAGCAACAGCAGCAACAACAGCAACAACAGCAGCAGCAGCAGCAACAGCA